UUGCGUGAAUUACUUCCUCCACCACGCGUUUUCCCGCGGAUUUUGUUACAUUUGGGUUAUGUUGGUGUCUGGAUGUAUUUACGGUGUGCUGCAUUGUUAAUCAAUGUGACAUUUGUUUAAUUGUGAAAACUGUUUAUUUUUUGGUCGGUGUUUUUUUGUAGUGUUUUUCUUUUUUGUAUAGCAACAUAUUUGUGCAAUCGGCUGUUUGUUGUUUGCACUAUUCUAUUUUGUCUAGGUUAUGGUAGUAGUGUCUCAUUGACAGAUCUAAUCAUAUCUGUCCGUAAUAAUUUUUGAAAAAUGUUUUAAGAAGAUAUUGUGAUAUUUUUAAAAUUACAAGAAUUAAACAAAUGAAAAUCAUGGAUAUUUCAAUUGAAGAUGAUUGUGUAAUCGAAACAGUCACACCUGUAAAGAAAAAGAAAAUGAAACAAGCACAGCUGCCAUUUCACACAUCAAGUUCCUCGAAAUCACCAAAUACAAAUAAUGUGCCUAACAAGAAGAAAAGAAAAAUAGCUACAUCUUUAGGAGAAUAUAAAAGUCCCAAAAUAUUAAAACUUGCGACAAAGGAGAAUUCUGUGAAAAAUGUUUCUGAAGAUGAAAAAGAAGAUGAAGAAACAAAACUUGAUAGUAGCAGUGAUAGUAAUGAAAUGAUAUUAGAUGAAAAAAAGAAAGACUUAGAAAAAGAUAAUCAGCAAAAUCACAAAAAGAAUAAGAAAAUUGAUACUACAUCUAGUAGGAAAGUCUCUCUAGAUAAAAGUAGGAAACUGGAUAAAUCCCAACAAAAAACUGGUGCCUUAAAAAAGUUUUUCAAAAAAGCAGAGAAAGAAGCUAAAGGCAACACAAAUCGUGACAAUAGUUUAUGUAAAUCAAAAAGUAAACAAAAACAGCAAGAUACAUCUGUGCAAAAUGAAAGAAAUGAAAUCUGUUUGAAUAAAAAUCCAAAUAAACAAUCUUCUAAAUCUCAAGCAAAUGAAAAAUUAGAUCCUGCCGAUAUUGCUGAUAAAGAUGCAAAUUAUUCUCAUUGUCAAGAAUUGGAUUCUGAUACUGCUAUUUUAUCUUCGGAUAACGAAACUGCAAGUGAAUUGGACAAAACGAUAUCAAGUAGAAACGAAGAAACAACUAGCAAAUCUACUCCUACAACUCCUACAACUCCUACAACUCCUAAAAGUUCGAAAACUAGUAAAAAUAUGAAGGAAAAGAUUAAAAAAUUAACACCAAAACAAUUAGAAAAGAGACAGGAAAUAGCUAAGAGAAAGGAAGAGAAACUAAGAUUAAAAGAGGAAAAAGAAAAACAACGAGAAGAGGAAAAAGCAAAUCGGCAGAGAGAAAGAGAAAAGAAACAACGAGAAAAGGAAGAAAAAGAAAGAAUAGAAAAAGAACAGAAAAAAAGAGAGAAAGAGUUAAAGGAGCAUAAAAAACAAAUGGAGAUUGAACAAAAACAAAAAGAAAAGGAAGCAAAAGAGGAAGAUCGGAGAAAACGAGAAGAAGAAAAGAGAAAGAAAGAAGAAGAAAAAUUAGAAGCUGAACGCAAAAAGCAAAAGGCGGCGUCAAAUUUUGCUAGCUUUUUUGUUUCUAAAAAACAGGAAGUUAAAUCAGCCGAGGAAGAGAGUGUUGUUCAAGCGAAAAAUUUUAUGCCUUUCGAAAUAAAGGCUGAUAUGAGAAUUGCGCCAGUUUGUCGAAGAACAUUGAGUGAACACGAAAAAUUAAUAUUAGACGAGAUAUGCAACAUAGACUCGAAAAAGUCUGAAUUGUACCUUCAAGAUAUCAAAACUGGAAAAAUCUUACCGCACACUUCUUCUAAAACGUGGCCACUUGAAGCAAAGGAUAAUGAUAUAAUUUUACUAGACGAAGAUAACGAUGACAGUUCCAACAUAAUAACAGACACGCAUAAAUUGGAAAAACAUCGACCAAAACUACUGCAGUUCUGUGAAAAUCGUCGUCCUCCGUAUUGGGGCACAUGGCGGAAACAAAGUAAUAUUCUCAAAUCCAGACGGCCAUUUGUGAAAGACAAGAAAUGGUUCGAUUACGAAAUUGAUUCUGACGAUGAAUGGGAAGAAGAAGAACCUGGUGAGUCCCUUAAAGGAUCCGACGACGAAAAGGAUGAAGAAAAUCCGGAAGAGAAUGAAUACGAUGUUGAUAAUGAAUUUAUGGUCCCUCACGGAUAUUUGUCUGACGAGGAAGCACAAGCUGGUGAGGAAGAGAUGGAGGAUAUGUCACCGCAAACACAGAAGAUGAAAUUGAAAAUAUUGGGUGAACAAUUCGAAGCUGAAAGAAAUGCGAAGACUUAUAAACUUAAGCCGAAAAUAAUUGGAUGCAUUUGGCAAGAACGCAAGAAUUUAUUUCCUGAGUCUAUUUCUACGAAAGUCAAAGAGUUUCUGUCGGCACGGCAAGCUUGGGUCAACAACAUACCGAUAAUACUCCCGUCAUCGACUUUUACGGAAGAUGAUACUUCGCUCAGCGCAGAAUGCAAAGCACAGACACCACAAUCCGUGAGAGGUCCAAGGAAGACGAAGUUCCCCAAUGAAGCUUUGCCCGAUCUUAUCCGAUUAUUGCAUGGGAAUACGUACGGCAGACACUUUCUUACAAAAGAAUUUAUGACAUUCUGGAGCAAAAAGAGUGAAAAACAACUCUCGAAGGUUAGUGUAUUGGAGAAGAUCAACGAAAUCGCUAACAAAGUAGCUUGUCCUGAAGAGGGACCAAUGCACCUGAAAUCCUGCUGGUACGUCUCCGAAGACAAUCGCAAGCAAUAUCUUCCAGACGAUGCGUUGUCGUUGCCGAAUCGUUGGAAGUAUACUUUAACACCGAAUCGGAAGAGUGAUACGCAAGACAUUACAGUUGACAAGAUAGAGAAAGAAGAGAAAGAGAAGGAAAAAGAAAAGAAGCAUGUACCACUUAUUACUCAAUUUACUAAAAAAAUUACACAGGAAGAGAUGAAGAAACAAUUAACGAAAUCUGAUCAGGAAGAGACGAAGAAACAGCUGUCUCUGAAAGUCGACCAGGUUUCCACCUCGUCGAAACCUCCAGUACAAAGGCCACCUAAACGCGCGACUCUAAUUUCCGUAGGCAGGGGGGAACAAUUUCCAGAAAAGUCUCGAGAGAGCAUAUUAGCGAAAUUUGUCAGUCUUAAUAAGAAGAAAGAGGAGCCAUCGAGCAGCGAAAAGAUGAAUAUUGAUUCCGAUGAUAUUAUAUUCAUUGAAAGUAUUGAUAAAGAUAAAACGGAAUGAAAAAAGAAAUCAACUAAUUAGUAGUAAUAUUCGCGCGAUGAAUUACAAUGAUGGAAAACACACUUUAUGAGGAAGAGACUUUAUCAACAAAUCCUAUAGCUAUAAUUAUAUUACAGCCAUCUAUAAUCUGAAUGAGAGUAGCGCAGAAAAAAUGUUCAGAAAAGGAAAGCAUUAUUUUUGAAAUAAAUUUUUUUGUUAUUUAACUUGAAAA